AUGAGCAUCCACUCUGUUGACUAUGCCCAUCGGGGCUCUCUGCAACCAGAGACCGUCCAUGUGGACCUUGAGGCUGGCCGACAAUCGCCAACUUCCCCACUGUCCCCGACAAGAGGGGAUGGGUCAGUCGGGGAGGCAUUCACCACCGCGGCAGCGAGAGUCAACUCUAGCGAUACAGCCAAACGACGAGUCCGUCGCUCGAACACCGCACGCUCCUACCACCCAGAAGGCUUUACCCACGACAUCAAUUGGCAACCUGGAACAGAGCCAGGAAUUGACCCAUCGAAACCGCUCCCCGCAUACAGCUCAGAAUGGACGUCCAAUAUACCGGGAGAUCUGCAGCGGCAGUGUGAGAUUACAGUGGUGGAUUUUUCACAACAUGAGAUGCGCCAGUACGAAUUGGACAACGAAACGCUGGAGCAGUUCCUCGCGCGCGAGCGAGAGCCCUGGGUGCAAUGUCGAUGGAUCAAUGUGAACGGCCUCAGCUGGGAUGUAAUCAAGAUGUUGGGAAACCAUAAGAGAUUACAUCGACUCGCUAUUGAGGACGUCGUCCACACAACCAAUCGAACUAAGGUCGACUGGUACUCUGACCAUGCUUACGUCGUAUUGACAUUGCAAAAGCUAGUGAAACUGCACGAAGAGUCGAGCGAUUCGGAGGAUGAAAAGGACCCAGAUAACGGCGGAACCUUCAUGCGGAGGAAGAGCUCAGUUGUAAGCGAUAAAAGCUCGGUAUCUCUGAAACGCCAAACCAAACGGCACGUUAUUCUCGACGCCUUGAAAGACAUAUUCCGUUCCAAGUCGAAAACACAAGAGAAAGAGAAAGCCACGGUGGGAUCAAGUGUUCGUCCCGGCCCUCAAAGAUUCUCUUCUAAAAAAGCUUCUCAAUUUGGAAAUGUGGCCUCUGCAGCAGGGGCCACAGCCAGGACCCUCCAGCGCUAUCGCGGCGGUCCUAACGAGGACCGAAUCGAGUUCAUGGAACGCUAUGCCUCUCUCGCAUCCAAGGGCUUAUGUGUCACGCUGGAACAGGUUUCGAUGUUUCUCCAUGCCGACAAUACCGUCACAUCCUUCUUUGAGACCAGCGCGGAUGAUAUCGAGGCGCCUAUUGUGCGGCGCCUUAGCUCACCUGAGACGAUUCUUCGGCAGUCAUGCGAUGCCAGUAUGCUGCUGCAAGCAAUCCUUGAUGCUGUCAUUGAUCUUGCUAUUCCAGUGACCAUGGCAUACCAGGAUGCCAUAGGAGACUUGGAACUUGGAGUCUUGACCGACCCGGACAUAGAUCAGUCAAAAAGCCUUUAUGUUUUGACUUCUGAAAUUGCCGUUCUACGCAAUUCGAUGCAGCCCAUUGUGGCUGUUAUCAAUGCUCUUCGAGAUCAUCGUUCCCAACCUAUUGGUACUCCAGGCUUCGGUGUCUUGCGCAGCGGAAUGUUAAGCCCAACAGCCACCCCUGGCGAUCCUGAAGUUCAGCCACAUAUUGGAACAAUCACACCAAACCUGAAGAGCUUUGGAGGCUCAACUGUCACAAUUAGUUCAAUGUGCCACACCUACCUAGGUGAUGCCCUUGAUCAUUGUAUAACUAUCGUCGAAGGAUAUGACCAAAUGCGACGGGCUGCUGACAACAUGAUUGAUCUUAUUUUUAACACGAUUGGUACCUACCAAAAUGAAAGUAUGAAACAGCUUACUAUUGUGACUUGCUUGUACCUCCCAAUGACAUUUUUGACGGGGUACUUUGGAAUGAACUUUGACGACUUUGCUGGCAUCAAGAAUAGCGACUCUUACUUUUGGAAGAUUGCCAUCCCCUUUGUCUUUGUUACAACAAUGUUCCUCAUGCGGGAUAAAAUUCAACGCUACGUCGUCAUGCUGGCUCAGAGACGACUUAUUGUUAGCUCUAGAAAGCAGAGACGAGAGAGGAAGAAAAGAUAG